AUGGCCAAAAAGAAAGCGACCCACCAAACCCAACAACCCAAAAAACAAAACCCACAAGAUCAAAAUCAAACCUUGACCACCCAGAAACAACCACCACCACCACCCUCUAUGGAAAACCCUAAUGAAAUGCCUCAACAGCCACCGCCUUCCAAGGAAAACUCUGAUGAAAAGCUUCAAUCGUUGAAAACACUCAAUGAUUUGCUUGUCAAAGAAGCGAAAAAGCGCCGAGAACAAGUUGAGUCCCUGGUGAAAGCUAAGGAGGCUUUGGAGACUGAUUUGGCUCUGUCUGGCAAGGAAAAGAGUAAGUUGGAGACUGAGUUGGGUAAAAUCAGUGAUGGGAGGGUGAUUUUGGAGAUAGAGAAGGGGUUGUUUUCCGUUUUUAUUGAGACCCAGAUGGCUCAAAUGAAUGGUUUUGUUACUGGUUUGGUGAGAGAGAAGAGAGAGAAAGAGAAUGAAAUUGGGGUCUUGAAGAGUGAGGUUAAGGGACUGAUGGUGAUUGUUGAGACUGAGAGAGAUAGAUUGAGUCGGGUUUGUCGCGAGAGGGAUCUGUUGAAGAAUGAUGUUGAUAAUUGGAUGAAGGAGGCAAAUGUUUUAAAAUGUAGAGUGAUUGAAUUGGAGAAGAGGGAGAGGGAGAGUGAGGAAGAGAUUGGGAAACUGAAGAAACAUUAUGCUUUGUUGGUUAAGGAAAAGAAGGAAAGAGAGAAAGAAAUUGAGGAGCUUAAAAUGUUGAGAGGUUCGGCUGAGAAUAAUUUGGUGGAGAGAGUGACAGAAAUUGAGGGUUUGAAGAAAGAGAUUCAGGGGAUUGUGAGGGAAAGGAAUGAGAUUGGUGUUGAAAAAAGUGAGCAGAAGGUGAAGAUUGGUGAGUUGGAGAAAGAAGUAAGUGAACUUAAUGAGAUUGUAUCUAGUUUGCGGAAGGAGGAGGAAGUUUUGUGCGGAAAAGUAAUGGAAUUGGAUAAGAGUUUGGGGCAGGCACUGGAGAAGGAGAAUGCAAUGGCAAGGGAAAUCGAUGGUUUGAUGAAAGAGAAGAAAGAAAAGGAGAGAACUAUUGUGCGGUUAAUGGAGGAAAAGGAUGAUGACCAGAAAUAUAAGGUUAUGGCUAAUGCUGAAAUUGAGGAUAAGAAAGGAUUAAUUCAGCAAUUGUUGAGAGAGAAGGAUGAGAUGGAGGAAGUGAAAGUUAUUAAGGAGGUUGAAAUGGUGAAGCUACACAAGGAAGUGGGUCAAUUAAGGGAUGAUAUUUUUUCGAUGCAAGAAUCCAUCAAUGAUCAAGAAGAUAAGAACAAACAAGUAGCUUCUGAAGCUAGUCAUUACAAAGGUGCUUUUGAGCAAGUAAGGCUUGAGAGGGACAAUGCUCAAAAGAUUUUAGAUGAGGAGAAAAAGAAAGGCAUGGAAUUGAGGUCUAAAGUUUUGGAAAUGGAGAAGAGAGUUGAAGAAACUGUGAAUGAGUGUUCAAAGAUGAAAAGCGAGCAUGAGAGUCUGGUCAAGCAAAAGAAGGAAAUGGAAAGCCAAGUUGCUUUGUUGGAGAAGGAAAAAGAUUUGGUACAAAAGCGUCUCACAGAGGCAGAAGGGAAAAUAGAUGACUUGAGGAACAAAAUGGAAUCAGCUGGCGCCAAUUCAGAUAGAGCGCUAACCAUGUUGAAGAACACUGUUGCAUUGUUGUGUGAAUCGAACAAUGGAAAAGAAGAGAUGAUUGUUACAGAAAAGAUGCUUGAUGGUGAAGUUGAACCGUAUGCAAGUGAGCUGGAAGUUAUCAAGACUGCUUUUAGAAACAAGGAGACAGUGGUAGAGGACAUGAAGCAGCAAGUAGCAUUUCUGCAGGAUUCUGUGGCAAACGCAAAGAAGAAGAACAGCCUUUUGAGUGUGAUGUCUUCGGCAACUACAGUUGUUGCUGCAGCAGUCUCUCUUGCGUAUGUCGCUAGAGUACGUUGA